AGCUGGGUCGCGCCGCAUGCGGGCCCUUUUUUUCCGGGCGCCGGUAGAAGUAGGCGGCUUCUGAAUCCCUGCGAGGCCGAGGCCGAGGCCGGCGGCCGCUGCCAGCAGCCCUGCGAGGACGCCGCUGAGCCCCGUGGAGGAGCAAAACAGUUUUGAGAGGGGCUUGGAGAGUACCUAACAGGGAUGGACGCUCCCAGCUGUACAGCGGUACCUGAUUUAGCUCUGGGAAUGGAAGUUCAGAGUGAUAACUCUUCCUCUGGUGGCAGCUUGUUUAAAACCCAGUGUGUUCCUUACUCACCUAAACGGAGGCAAAGAACCCCUAUUAGAAAACACAUUCGUUCACCUGAAGGUGUGCAAGCAAGAGACUCAUCUAGCGACUCAUCUUUCGAGCCAAUACCAUUGACUAUGAAAGCUAUUUUUGAAAGAUUCAAAAAAAAGAAACCUAAAAAGAGGAAAUACAAGCGAACAGGAAGACCAAGGGGAAGACCCCAAGGAAAGAAAAGCAGUAGAAGCUCUCAAAGAAGUAAGAUAGAGUUUAAAGACAAAGGAUCUGGGUUCCCAUUUUUAGAAUCAGAGAAUGGAAGAAAUCAAUUACCUUGGAGAAAAAUUCUAGCCUUUGAGCAAGCAGUGGCAAGAGGAUUUUUCAGCUACCUUGAAAAAUUGAAGUAUGAGGACCACCUCAAGGAAUCCUUGAAGCAAAUGAAUGUCAGUGAAGAUUUAGAAAAAGAAGACUUGGAUAGUCGUAGAUACAAAUACCUGGAUGAUGAUGGGCCUAUCUCUCCUAUUGAAGAAUCCGAAGCAGACGAGGUUGCAGCAGAUCUUGAACAUGCUGAAGAAUGUGACAUCAAAUUGGUGGAGAAUAAUUAUUUCAUAAUAAGGUCUGAAUUACCAAAGAAGGUGAAUGUAUAUUUAGACCAAGAGCAUUAUAUUGAAGAAGCUGCUUUGUCUAAAAAGAGAGCAUUGAAGUCCAAACACUGGACAGAGGACAGAAUGGCCUGCAAAGAAAAUAGGAAUGUGAAUGCCAAGGCUCCUAACAGGAGGACAGUGUCUGGACUUAAAGGGCCCCAAAGUAAAUUGCUUGAAGAACUGGAACUCAGAUUACAGGUGGGGAGUUUUUGAAGUAUGUCCAUAUUCAUGGAGAGCAAAGAAGCUGAGGACUGACUAUAUAACUGGAUUGAACAAAAGUUGAUUUUAAAAGG